CUAAAUCUAGCUAAAGCAAAGCACAAAACAAAUAAGAAUUAAAACGAGUGUAAAACAUAUUCAAACUAUGCGGUUAUGAGUCACGUCGGGAUGCAUAAAGCUGUGUGUUGAAGCCAGCAGACAACAGCCUUGAUUAUCAACGAGUGUGUGUGACUUCGUGUGUGUGUUUAUUUUGUGUAUAUAAACAAAGUGCGAACGCGGGAAGCGGUUGCAAUUUUUUUUUUCGUUAGCUGCUUAAAGUUGGACAACAACACAAAACAUGUCCAAUGUGCGGUGCAUCAAUUUUUGGGAUUUGUGCCGCAUCUGCACCGCAAGCAGUGAACAGAAAAUAAAUAUUUACUCCACCGAUGGACGCGCAAAAAAUUUAAGCCAGAAAAUCUCAGAAUGUCUGCCAGUGCAAAUCGACGAAAAGGAUCGGCUGCCCAAGGUGAUAUGCUCCCAUUGUGCGCAGCAAGUGGAACAAAUAUACGAAAUGCGCAAUAUAUCAAGAAACUCUCAAACGAUACUCAACAACUGGCUGAACCAUCGGACGCUACAGGCCGAGGAGAAGGUGUUCAUUAAGGAUGCCAUCAAUGACUCUGGAAAGAGUCUCAGCGUGCUUGGCACAACAUCAUCCGGAGGUCUUGUCGCAGGCAACACUAGCCAACAGCCCAACGAUCUGCUCAGCAGCAUCAUGCAGGCAGUUGGUAUGCAGGUCCAGCAGCAGCAGCAGCAGCAGCAGCAGCAACAACAGCAACAGCAGCAACCACAGCAACAAUAUACAAUUACUGUGGAUAGUCACGUGCCGGCGCAGCCGUUGCAGCAUUCACAUUCCCAGAAUGAUGUCAAGAGCGAAAAGCAAAACACUUUGGAAGAGUUUAUCCGCCUAAAGCCUGACAUCAAAAUUACGCCGCUUGGUAAGAAGGAUACCGUGCAUAACACUCAGAGCAGCACCACCAUAUCGAACAUAAAACAGCAGCAUCAACAGCAACAGCAGCAGACCCAACAACAAUCUGUACAGCUGCAGGCGCAGACGAUAGCAGCGAUGCCGGCGCCUGCUGCGCAACUGCAGUUGCAGCCGCAGCAGAUUAACGACAUCAAUGUAUUGCUGCAGCAACAGGCACUUUGGCAACAGAUUCAACAGCUGCAGGCGCAAUCGCAGUUGGUCAAUGGAGGCGAUGAUGCCACGGAGAGCAAAAAACCGAAAUUAAAUUUUGUACUAUCAUCGCCAGCUACAGCUCCACAAUUUACUGGAAGCUUACCCCAGUUCGGCAAUGUGGGUGGGACACAGCCACAAAUUCAGUUGCAACUGCUGCCAGGCGGUACAAGCGCCAGCAACAACUCAACGGCCAGCAUUGCAACAGCCCAGCCCGCCCAGCAGCUCAAUGCAGCCGCUCUGCUAUCCCUGACAGGCACUCAGCUAGUUGGUGGUAGUGGAGCCGCCAACAUGCUCUCUCCGAACAAAUGCUUCUUGCCAAUAACUAUACGUGAUGAAAACUCGGACCAGCAGAUUGUAGCACACAUCGACACAAAGAAUCUGGUGCUGCCCACCACAUAUCAGGUGCAAAUGAAGCUUCAGCCCCAAUUGGCCACAGCAGACGGCCAGCCCAUCAUGCAGUUGACACCAACUUCCAUUCCAGCCACAUUGCAGUUGACGCCACAGACGUUGGGCAAUGCGACGGCCUUUCAACCAGCGACAACACAUCAAAGUCAGUUCCUUAUGCCACAACCGCAGCAACAACAACAACCACAACAGCAACAGCAUCAACAUUCACAACAGCAGCAACAGCAUUCACAGCAACAACAACAACAUUCGCGCCAGCAGCAGCAACAGCUAGCGCCUGCCACAGCACAAGUAACCUCACAGCAAAUCAUUCGAUCUCCCCAUGGAAAUGGAAACAGCUCACAGGUGGUGAUUCGGAACGUCAGCGCUGAGCAAAGCAGUGGUGAAUCGUCGGUGACAUUCAAGAUGCCCUCUCCACGACAGCUGCAGCAGCAGCCUCAACAGCAGCAGAUCAAAUAUAAGGCCACAUCGUCCAGUGCUUCAUUAGUUGCAGCUCCCACAGCUGUUACGUCCAGCAAUACGCUCCAGACAGAGUUUAAGCGUGUGCCGCAGAUUAAACAGCCGCCAUCUCAGGCAGGGCAAACUAACGUGGCUGCCUUGCAGCGACUGUCGUCGAAUACAACCAUAACCAAGUUGCCCAAGCAGCAACAUCCCGUGGCGAGCCACAAAUUGCCGCUGAUCAACAAACAAAAUAUAACUAUUAGUCGCAUAUCUACACAGGCUGCCCCAAAGCCAGAGGCAAAGCCGACGGCAACGGUACAGGUACAGGUACAGGCACAGACACAGGUACAGGCACAGGCACAGGCACAGCUCCAACUGCCCAAACCCGAGCCAGCGCCGCCACCACCAGCUCUGGCGGUGCAGCAGCUGCCAUCGCCGCCAGUUACAAAGAUUCUUAACCAACGAAAAAUCAAUCGUAAGCCGCCCGAGCAGAAUCAGAAAACAAAAGCCGCUCGACCGCAGCAGCAAAUUCUGCCGGUGCCUACAGCGGCACAACCCACACAGCCGCAGCCGCAGGCGCAGCCCCAACAACAGCAGCAGCAGCAGUUGGCCAACAGUUCGGUAGCUGAGCCGCCCACAGCCACGCCUGUCAAUGCACUUACCUGUCCCAACUGCCGGCGCGAGUUCAAGAAGAAGGAGCAUCUUACGCAGCACGUUAAACUUCACGAGGGGCUGCGUCCCUUUAAAUGCACCGAAGAAGGCUGCGACAAGGCCUUUAGUCGGAAGGAGCAUUUGUCCCGCCAUCUCGUCUCCCACUCUGGCCAAAAGAUGUUCACCUGUGAGGAGUGCAAGAAGCCGUUCUCGCGCAAGGAUAAUCUCAACAAGCAUAAGCGAACUCACAACAUCCAGCCUGGCGAGACUCGACUGCACACCUGCGAAAUCUGCAAUAAAAACUUUGCGUCGAAGCAGCAAUAUGAGAAGCAUCGUGAGAUGCACAAAAAGUCACGUGCCGGGAACGCAGCUUCUGCCACACAAGCGCAUACAGGUGGUGCAAAGAAUCAGUAUGAAGUGAAGCAAGAAUCCUCAAGCGGCGCACAAGCGCAGCAGCCGCAAUCUCAAAUGCAAAUCCAACAGCAGCCGCAACAGCAGCAGCAGCAGCCCCAACAACAACAACAGCAACAGCAGCAGCAGCCCCAACAACAGCAUCCACAAAUCAUGCAUGUAGAUUUGGAUGGGAAUACAAUAACAAUAACUCAGGCAGGCGAUUCCUCUAUGCCAUCUCUGGCGAACUUUGUCCAGCUGGGACUAUCACAAUUUCACAAUGGCAGCGGAUCCUCAAACCAAAUAGUUUGUAAGCUUGAAAAGUAGAUACAGAUUUGGUUCCACUAGAGUAGCUCGACUUCUCAUCUAGUCCGUGUGCUCUACUGCCAAGUUCCUUAGCAGAACAAAUGUUAACGCGUUUUUCUCAUUAUGUUUUACUUAUGUUUAGGUCGAUCCCUUUUGUUUUUCAAUUAAGC